AAAAUUUUGUGUUUAAAAUAUUAAAUUUGCAUAAAAAUUGUUUAAAAAAAAGCGAGUCUGGUAAACGAAUUUUAAAUAUGUCCAGCAUUCAGGAAAAUAAGGAGCUUCAAACAAAGCCAAAAACAAAGACUGGAGGAAGCAGCACUGCAGAAAAAAAGAAACGACCGGGCCAACGUCAGCGCAGACGGAAUAAAAUCAGGUCUUUAACAACCGAGUCAGAGUCAACUCUUGAGCGCUUAACAAACGCCGGUAAUACAAACGGAACUCACAUUCCGACAAGGGAUACCUUUUCAAUCAGCAAGAAAGCGGAACCACCCACAGCAUCGCUGGUUCUCUUAGAAUCUGGAUAUGUUUUAAAUUCCGAGGCGGAAACACUUGAACUAAAGUCUUCUACGCUUUUGCACACAAAGCUUCUAAGGAAAUCUGAAACUUCGAAGUCUCAAGCAAGCAGUCAAAAUAAACUAUUGCAGGGAGAAAAUAAUUCAACAUUUGGAGAGCAGUCAAUAAAAGCAACUAAAGUUAUGCCUACGGACACCACUGCAACACCACCUGCCGCCGGCAAACCCCGUGAAGAUAUUCUGGCUCAGCGCGAAGCGAAAAAAUUGGCAAAGCAAGCCAAGAAGACAAAAGCUUUAGGUUCUGGAUCACAAAUAACACCCGUAGCCGUACCGGCACCGGUUUCAAGCACAACUGUUGCACCUGCUCAGUGUGCUGCGAAGGAGAAAAUUGCAUGCCUUACAACUCAUAAUACAACCAAUGUCGAUGCAGCCGCACUCAAUGAUAAAACGCGCGAACAAAUCAAAGCUGAACGAGAGGGCAAGAAAAAAGCAAAACAAGCGCUUAAAGCGGCUAAAGCUACCGGUGUACCAGAGCUAGCAGCACAAUUAGAUGCCGUUAAAAUUAGCCAAAAAAAUGACGCGACCGCUGCACCCGAAGAAAAGAAAAAGCCAACUUUAAGUAAGUCGGAAAGACGAGCUUUGCAGGAAGCUCAACGCGAGGCCAAAGCACAAAAGUUGAUCGCUGCACAAAAAAAGCCAGCGACUGCCAGUGAUACUAAGAAGGCCACCAAUUCCACAAAAGAUACACCAAUAAAAAAAGCGGCUACUGCUAGUCCUUCAUCAACAACGACGAGCAUUAGUCCCUUAACAAAGUCUCCGCGCAGGAAUGAUUGUAAAGUGCGCCUCUUCAAUCAUUUGGUAAAAGCGCGUCAAGACGUCAACUUGUUUUUAAAUAAUCCACUUAUACAUCCAAGCAUCACUCAUCUGGGCGAACAGUAUGUUCAACGCACAGUUGUUGGUUCAAAUGCGCGUUGCAUUGCUUUUCUCAAUGCGCUGAAAAUGGUUAUUAGAGACUUUGAGACGCCGCCAAAGAAAGAAUUUGCACGCAGCUUAGAAACGACAAUAACAAAUAGUGUAGAUCACUUACAGAAAUGCCGUCCGCUUGCGGUAUCCGUCAGCAACGCAUAUAAACAUAUAAAGCAUGUACUCACGCAAUUGCCAACUGAUCAGGCGGAAUCAGAUUUGAAAGAGAAUUUGUGCCGUUUCAUCGAUACUUACAUAGAGAACCAGAUCGGAAAGGCGGCCGAAGCCAUUAGUCACUCUGUGCAGGAAAAAAUCUCAAAUGGCGAUGUUAUACUCACGUUUGGCUGUUCAUCCUUGAUAACGUACAUUUUUGAGGAAGCACAGCGUCGGCGUGUUGAUUUCCGUGUAAUUGUUGUCGAUUCGCGUCCUUUCUGUGAGGGCCAAGAACUUUUGCGUCGUCUUACCGUGAAAGAGAUACCUUGCAGUUAUGUGCUUAUAAACGCCGUUAGCUUUGUCAUGCCCGAAGCGACUAAAGUGCUGCUAGGCGCACAUGCAUUACUCGCUAACGGUUAUGUGAUGGCACGCACCGGCACCGCACAAGUUGCACUAGUAGCGCACUCAUUCAAUGUACCCGUGCUGGUGUGUUGCGAAACGCACAAAUUUAGCGAACGUUCACAAACCGAUGCAAUUGUCUACAAUGAAUUGGGCAAUCCUAAUGAUCUAAUACGGAGCAAUAAAUGCAGCUUGUCGAAUUGGCAGGCCAAAGACAAAAUGACGCCCUUAAAUCUGAUGUACGAUAUUACACCACCCGAACUAGUUACGGCGGUUGUGACCGAAGUUUCUAUACUGCCAUGCACAAGUGUACCGGUGAUUUUACGUAUAAAACCAACCGAAAUCGGUUAUUAGAGGCUUUGCUGCUGUAUGUUUUUUAUUACUUUCUAGAGUUGUUUAUUAGUUAAAUGCACAUGACUUCAAUCUACAAUAAAAUUACUUACUCAGCUUAAAACA